AUGGUUCCUGUAUCUGCUGAAUGGGAAACUUUGCAAUCGUUAACGAACAUGUCAGUUGAUUUCAACGAGUACCUCAGUGUCGAUGACGAUCUGACCACGGGUUUGAAUGAAGAUUUGACUACGGGCCUGAAUGACGAGACCCGGGAUCCAGAAGUAGCCCUGAUGCCAGAUCAACACGAGUCCAGUGAUGAGAGCGAUAUCGAAGAAGUCAUCCCACCAACGUCGAAGGAGAUUCAAGAUGAUGCAAGGGAUCUAAGUGGAAUGAGUCAGACAACAAUACCACUUGUAUGUAAACAAGUUGCUUUAGUACGAGGGUGGAUUGAAAAGUACUCGGCCUAA